UCGUCCACUCUUUAUUCUAGACCGACGCAUACUCCGGACUGUAGUAUACUCUUGCUCCAGCCUAGUUUAAACAGCUAUUGAAUAAAUUAUAAAAGCUGUUCAUCAGUCAAAUAGUAGUCUUCGUAUCAUACCGCCAGCAUGGAUGACUCGGGAUUACCACCUAACUGGGAGGUGCGCCACAGCAACUCCAAGAACCUUCCAUACUAUUUCAACGCGAGCGAGAAAGUCUCUCGCUGGGAGCCGCCGGUUGGAACCGAUACCGAGAAGUUGAAACAAUAUAUGGCAAUCCACCAUUCUACUUCCUCUCAGAUGGCUCCCGUCAGCCACCCCGAGGGCAAAAUCCGUGCCGCCCACCUACUGGUUAAACACCGCGACAGCCGACGACCUGCGAGCUGGCGCGAGAGCAAAAUUACCCGAACUAAGGAGGAAGCAAUGGCUAUUAUCAAGGGUCAUGAGCAGAAGAUCAAGAGUGGAACCGUGUCUCUUGGAGAGAUCGCGAUGACUGAAAGCGACUGCAGUUCGGCCAGAAAGAGGGGAGAUUUAGGAUACUUCGGUAAGGGAGACAUGCAAAAGGAAUUUGAAGAGGCUGCUUUCGCACUACAACCUGGUCAGAUGAGUGGUGUUGUAGAAACCGCAAGUGGGCUCCAUCUAAUCGAAAGAUUAGUUUAAACCCUUGUGUAUUUUUAGGGGUGAGAAGUCAUGCUAAUUACGCGCAUGGCUGCCUCUACAUGAGGUUCACCGAACAUGAUGUUAAGCCACUGCUUAGAAUUUCAUAAUUCUUUAGCCUAGAACGAGGAGGCACAUCUAGGACAGCUCAAUUUCUAUAUACUAAAAAAUAGCGUGUGAUGUGACGCUUCUAUACAACUCAAAGAGUCUUUCUCCCCGAAACCUCACAUAGUUCUAUAGCAGGAACCGGAUUCUAAGUAGAUAUCCUGAAUUGUUUCAUAGAUCUUGUAUAUUUAUAUCAUUUAGUGGUUACCGUAAAUUUCAUGGCUAUACCCCUUUAUUCAUCUUAUUCUAGUUUAGUUACACGUCUUACCCCUUUUAUAUUUCUUAACGUCAACCUACACUUAAUGAAAGGUACCUAGACAUGCCCC